CAACAAGCGUAUUUUUUUGUUGUUAAGAAAAUACUUAUACGACAACGUUCGUGUGUCCAUGGGAAUUCAACAAACAACCGGUGAUAAACACACAUGGAACGCAGAGUAAAAAAUAUAGUCAUCCGAUCCCCACUUUGGCCGGCGCCUACACCACCUACACACCUUGCGUGGGUAUAUAUACAAGCCCGGUUGCCAGCCAACUUCGACACUUGGAGUUACAUAGACGUGGCCGACAAUUGCUUGGGCUGCAGUGACACGAGUAUCGCCGACGUAUCAAGAGGGACAAACAAAAAGUAAAACUCUCGACGAAAUGGCAGAAAAAAUCGACGAAGCGGUCCUGAGCGUGACCAAGGGUGCCGAGGGAUUCACCACUGACUUUCACAAGAGCUUAGCCGGCAAAAACAAGGGAAACUUUGUGAGCUCGGGCUUGAGCGCGCACACGGUUCUGUCGAUGGCCGCGUACGGCGCUGAUGGAUCCUCCGCCCAGGAGAUGCGCAAGACCCUCCACCUGCCCGUCAACGACUCCCACGCCCAUCAGGGAUUCCAGGGUUUAAUUGAUAUGCUCAAUAAUGAAGAUUUGUUCAUGGUAAUUGUAGUCCCUAACGCUAUUGACGGCUUGGAAAAAAUCGAGAACAACCUCGAGAAACUCGAGCUCCAGUAUGAGCAUUUUAAAUACAGUCGCCAAGAAGUUAAUCUUUCGUUACCUAAAUUCAAAGUCGAAUCAACACACGAGUUAAAUGCCCACUUGAUGGAGUUGGGUAUGAACGAGAUAUUUACGGAAAGAGCAAAUUUCAAGGGCAUAUGCGAUGAAAGCGUCAUGGUUUCGAAAGUUAUGCAAAAAGCUUUUAUCGAAGUCAAUGAAGAGGGCAGCGAAGCAGCUGCAGUGACUGGCAUAAGGAUAGUAAAACGUUCUCUGCCCCUACCGCCGAUAGAGUUACAAGUGGACAGGCCAUUCUAUUUUAAAAUCGUUGACGCCAACAAAAAUAUAACGUUUUUUUCUGGACGUGUAAAGAAACCCGAGUCUUCGUAACUUUUCAAAAACAUUGAAAUAUUCGACGCACUAUAACGAUAUACGCAUUAUUGAUAAGGAAACAAGAUUAUACAUGUUGAAUUUAUUUUGUGAAUACGAUAUUAACUCUUUGAUAUAUAGUUUUCCAAAUAUUUUUUAAAUUAACUACACGAUCAUUGUAAUUAAUAAUUUAUAGUAUUACAAAGUUACUUACAAUACUUGAUGCUCACUAUAAUUGUCAGAUACGAACUUAGCUGUUAAGAAAAAUAUUUU